AUGGUAAAUUUCGACUUUGCUUCGGUGGGUAUAAACGAAGAUGAGAAAAGGUAUGAGAAAAUAUGUGAACGAGAAGAGCCAAGAGUGAAUAUGGAAUUAAAAUCAGAAGUAUAUUUACUUCAACUGAAUAAAAUUGUGCAUCUCUUUAAACGACAGUCAGAGAGAAUGACUAAUGGCAAGACAAAUCAUCACUGCUCUCAUCGACAGAGAUUGGCAGAGCAACAUUUUAAUGGAGCUUUACGUGACGAUAACCGCGAAGAGAUGAGUGGACACGCAUUCCUUGAUCACCAGAUGUUUGAAAAAGCCGGAACAACAGUGCACAGAUCUUGA